UACUACACCACUAACAACAUCACUCAUGCAGUCACUUGUGUGUACGGCUUUAUUCUACUUCCUUCUUGAAUCAUGUCAGUCACUUCCACAGUCAUAGGAGAUGAGGGAAUACUUGAAUAUUUUAUUGAGUUAUUAUUUAUGUUGAGAUGUACUACUUUCAUGUGGCUAAUUAUGAUAAUGAUUGUCAUUUCUUUCCUAGUUUCUAUAUCCAUUGCAAUCAUUAAUAAAGGAUUUAAAGUUCCUUUACCAUCACCAACAGAGGAAAAAGAGCAGCAACAAUUUCCAAUGGAAGGUUCACCAGAAUACAUUACAAUGAAAGAGAUGUUAGCUGAUCUUGUUGAUCUAUUGGCAGGAAAUGCUGCAGUUAUUUUACAAUUAAAUAAUCAUCUCCUUUCUCUUACCAUCAUACCUUAUGGUGUAUACAGUGCUGUUGCUCACCUUAAUCAUACUCCAAAUGAAAGAGCUACUCGACUCAUCAAUUCAUUAUUAACUAUCAUACAAACUCAUUCUAAUCCUAACAGAGUGUUCUCUUCUCUCAUUACUGCACUGCAGAAAGUAGGACUGAAUAACAUGGCAUCUAAACUAAUGGAAAAAUCAAGAAUGAAAGGUGGUCAUAUUAAUCUAGAGCAGCAACCAUCAGUCAGUGAGGGGCCACUUCAACCAGUGGAUGUCACUGCACAAUCUCACACACCACAACCAACAAUCACUGGAUCACAAUCAUCAUUCUACUCCUACUACUGUCAUUGAGCUCUGUUCAAAGGAUGAAGUUGCUACCAAUAUUGGAAGUCUUCAUUCUCAUUUUGCAUCACUUGAUUCUAAACUGAGAGGAGAAAUUGUGAAAAGAGUACAAAAUGGAGAAGCAGAGCUCAUAGCUAUAGCUAGGAGUGCAGCUGCUUAUUUAAAGGUCCCAGUAUCCAGUUUGAAAUAUGGCAACGUUGAUGAACUAUUUGAUUCUCUUCAGCCUCAUUAUGAUUUCUUCAGUUGUGGUGUACUUAAACACUUGACAAACACUUACCUUUCAAAUGCACAAACUGAACUAACUCAAUACAUUGAUAGUGUUGAUGAAUUCUCAGAAUCAUCACAAUUGAAGCACAUACGAUCAACAAUCAAAGAGAAAUUGUCAUCAUUACCAGCAGCAGCCUCACCAACCACUAGCGA